CUACGAUUCCUUAACAAGUGUUAAUUUUAAAGGUGUCAUUGAUCAUAUGCUUGAUCGUUUAGAUGAUCGAUCACAUUUGAUCACUGGUAUCAGUUGUAGUAAUUCUUCUCCAUCAUUAUUCGCAUAUGGUACUAAUAGAGGUUCCAUUUUUCUUUGUGAUACACGAUCAAGUUCUCUUUGUGAUCAACCUUCUCUUG